GCAGCGCGGCCGGAGCCCGGGCCAGCCCUCGGGGACCCCGACUUACUGCGUCUGCCGUCUUUUCUUUUCUCCCCUCAGGCCCUCUGCCCGCCAUGGCUGCCACGAAAACUUCGAACUACGAUGACCAUUUCAGGCCAGAAAAAUUAAAAGAAUGGCCAGAGCCCGAGUCCGUUUCCUUAAUGGAGGUAUUAGCUAGAGAAGACAUUGAUGAAGCUGUACAUGCAAUAUUAUUUAGAGAAAAUUACGUUGUGAAGAGAUUGGAUAAGUAUUUUCAGCAUCUGGAUGUUUUUAAGGAAAGAAGAAAAGAAAUGUUACAUAAAAAAUGGGUCCAAAAUGUUGCAGAGCCGCUUCAGCAGAGAAUUAUGGAAAAAGUCAUUUCAUAUAAAGGGCCUGAAAAAAAGAAAGAGAAUUUUGAAUAUUAUUUAAAGCACACAAAUAAAACGGUUAUAGUCCCACCAUUUUGUGACCCUACGUUUCAAAGACAGCAAGAAGUGGAUGAAAAGAAGAGAACUAAUCUGCACUAUGAGACAGGUAAAAAAUUUUCCAUAAAAGAACUAAAAGAAAUAGAGAAGGCCAGGCUGCAUGACAAAUUGCCCCAGUUCACUUUCAUGCGACACAGUGCGAUUCCAAAAGAGCCACGGAGAGCCUCUGCAAGAUCCAUGAGAAGUAAAGCUCGCGGUAAAUGCAGUACUGAAAAGCUCUUCUAUACAGAAGAGAAACAUCUGUCUGAUAAGGAGAGAAAGACAAUUGACCCAAGUCAGACUGCUUUUGAGAGGCAGUUUCAUUCCUGGAAGCUCAGCCAGAACAAAGGGGAAGAAAAGAAGAAGGGUCUGGUUUCAGGAAGCAGACAACAGAGGCCCCGCUCCUGGGCAGCUGGGGACAACCGGCAUGGAAUGGGGUCAUGGCCUGUGGAAAGAAGGGCGAUGACCGCAGAGGUCCUGGGGAAGCACUUGGCAUCCCUGCAGGACGCGGCCAGGCAGGGCCGUCUUUGGCAAAACAGCCUCGUUGACUUAAGUUUGCAGCGUCUAUUCAGCAGUUAAAAUACCACACUCGUGGUUUCUCUUUCCAGCUGCAAAUAUACUGUAAGAAACAUCCAAAUAAUAAUACUGUUUAUUGAGCUCCUGCUGUGAACCAGGAACUGUGUGACUGAGCUGUUUUGUACUCACUGAAAAGUUUCAGGGCCAGCAAGUGGCAUAGUGGU